AUGAGUGACGAAGCCAGCAAACGUGUAUAUCCCGCUGCCCCUUUGGAAGAAACCAGCAAACGUGUAUAUCCCGCUGCCCCUUUGGAAGAAAGUGUUGCAGCCACACAGCAGCAACCACUUAUAGCACCAAAAGUUACAGCACCACCACAACCACCCACCUAUGAACAAGCUAUUGGAGGGACCACACCCGCUGCAGCCACUGGACCUAAUGUUGUAGUAGUUACUGAACCUGUGUCACCCUAUGGACCACAUCCCAUAGAUGUCCUAUGUCCUUACUGCCACAAUUACAGCAGGACCCGUUUGCGCUUCAAACCCACUUCACGUACACAUUUGAUCGCUUUAUUGUUGUGUUUGUUUCAAUUAUAUUGCUGUAUUUGCUUGCCCUACUGCAUUGGAAGUUGCAUGAAUACGAAUCAUUAUUGUGGCAUGUGCGAUAAAUAUUUAGGCACUUAUAUACGUUAGAAUUAAGUUUAAAACAGAUACACUGAAAUACUUCACAAUAAAUAAACUUUUGUAUUACUUAUAUUACAAACAUUAAUUAAAAUAGAAUUAAAUUUUAAAAUACUUACAAUCAAUU